AUGGAGGAUAACCUCAAGGAAUACCAGGUCAAAUUGAUUGCGCUUGGUGGUGCCAUUGGUAGUGGUUUAUUCAUCAGUAGUGCCCAAGCAUUGGCCCAAGCGGGUCCUGCUGGUUGUCUUAUCGGCUACUCGGUGAUUGCCAUAUUGAUCUACUUCAUUGUCCAGGCCUUGGGAGAGCUCACCAGCACAUAUCCCGUUAAGGGAAAUUUUCUUGUCUACAGCACCCGUUUUAUCGACGAAUCCUGGGGCUUCGCCAUGAACUGGAACUAUGCCCUCCAGUGGAUUGUCACCAUUCCACUCUCGUUGGUGUCUGCAUCCUUAACCAUCGAAUUCUGGGGUGGAGGUAUCAACCCUGCCGUGUGGGUGGCAGUUUUCUAUGUGUUGGUUUGCGCUAUCAACAUUUUUGGAGUGAAAGGCUACGGAUAUGGUGAGUCUUUUUUUUCCAUCAUCAAGGUGUUGGCCAUCGUUGGGUUCUGUAUUCUCGCCAUUAUUCUCAUUGCUGGUGGAGGCUCCCAGGGCUACGUCGGAGGCAAACACUGGCACGAGCCAGGUCCCUUUGCCCAUUCGCUCAAAGGAACCUUGGGUACUUUGGUAAACGCUGCAUUCAGUUUUGCCGGUACUGAGUUGGUAGCCAUCGCUGCAGGAGCAGCUCCCAACCCCAGAAGAGCUCUCAGCAAUGCCAUUAAGCAGAUUUUCUGGAGAAUUUCAGUGUUCUACAUGCUUUCGAUCACUUUAAUCUGCUUCUUGGUUCCCUACAACGAUCCGUCAUUGUUGGGUAAUUCCUCGUCGUCAGCAUCGCCAUUUGUGAUUGCCAUCAAGAAUGGGGGAGUCAAGGUGUUGCCUUCUAUAUUCAAUGCGGUGAUCCUUUUGGCAGUGUUGUCAGUGGCCAAUGCCUCGGUGUUCGCUUCCUACAAGCCUUUGGUGGCGUUGUCAGAGGCAGGCCACGGCCCCAAGUUUUUGUCGUAUAUCGACAGAAAAGGCAGACCCAUCUAUUCGAUCUUGAUCUGCUUGGCAUUUGGGCUCAUUGGCUUUGUCAGUGCCUCUUCGAAGCAGCAGGUGGUUUUCGACUGGUUGUUGGCCAUCAGUGGCUUGUCCACCAUCUUCAUUUGGCUCUCCAUCUCUUUGGCACAGGUCAGAGUGAACUACGCCUGCAAGGUCCAAGGCAUAGCUCUUGACAACAAGCCCUUCAACGCUGUGGGUGGAGACAACGGGGCCUACUUGUCAAUUUUCAUCUGCAUCAUCAUUUUGAUGGCCCAGUUCUACGUGGCUUUGUUUCCGGUAGGAGGCCCACAAUUGGACGCAAAUGGAUUCUUCAAAGCCUAUGUGUCGGCACCUAUUGUGGCCGUGAUGUUUGUUGGGCACAAGAUCUGGACCAAAAACUGGAGGUUAUAUAUUCCAGCAGAUAAGAUCGAUAUCACCACCGGAAGAAGCGUGGUGGACCCCGACGUGGCUCAACAGGAAAAGAUUGAGGACGAUGAGAGAUGGAAAGCCCAAAGCUGGGGCUAUAGGUUCUUGCACACCUGGUGCUAG